AUGAGCCAUACUAUUCUCCUCGUCCAAAAGACACAGGCCGCCUCCAGCAAAACCUACAUCGAAUGCUCCUCUGUCGCAACAGCCAUGGAUGAGGUGAUCAAGAUGUACGAGGAGUACUUGAAGAACAAAUACCCAAACAAGGAGCGGAUCGAGUUUGAUGUCAAUGAGGUCCUGGAUAUGGUCUUCAACCUCCCCGACUGUGCAGCACUCGU